AUCCGGUUCUCAGCUAGAACUCACCUGAAUCCGGUUCUCAGCUAGAACUCACCUGAAUCCGGUUCUCAGCUAGAACUCACCUGAAUCCGGUUCUCAGCUAGAACUCACCUGAAUCCGGUUCUCAGGUCUGAACCAUCAGAAGAUCCUCUGAACUGAUUUUCCAGGUGAAGAAAAGCAGCUGGAAGGCGACUUUUUCAGGUUUAGGAGGUUCAGCGUUUGGAUGAUGGAGGAACCUUCAGCUCCUCAGAUCGUCGUGGAAACACAAACUGUAGAUCCUCCUGCAGACGAUCAUCUCCUGAACCUGAAGGCCCUGACGGAGAAGCUGAGGCUGGAGACCAGGAGGCCUUCAUACCUGGAGUGGAAAGCCCGGCUGGAGUCUGGACCUGGACCAGAACAGACCCAGAUGGAGGAGAACGUGGAGAAGGUGGAAGCAGCAGCAGAGAACAAACUGACCUCAGAUCCACUGAAGAGAUUCAAGAACAUGGAGGAAGUUCUCAGCUGGAUCAGGAGAGAACUGUCAGACAUGCGGCGUCAGGACCAGCUCUUGGCCCGUCAGCUGAUGCGUCUCCGUGGUGACAUCAGCAGGCUGAAGGUGGACCAGACCUGCCAGCUCCACCGCCGGAUGCUCAACGACGCCACCUUCAGUCUGGAGGAGCAGGACCAGCUGUCAGAGCUGCUCUGUGAGGCUCCGCUGGAACCGGGACUCGGACUGUCGGCGCCGCUGAGGCUCAUCGGAGUCACCAAGAUGAACAUCAACUCACGACGCUUCUCACUCUGCUGAAGAUCAGGAGGAAGAUUCAGAAAAACAGUCAGAUGAUCUUUGGAUUCACUCAGACCAGCUCGUCUUAGUCCAGGAACAGGAGAAUGGAGUUAAUAAAGUUAGACUGGAGUUAAACUGGAGUUAUUAGAGUUAGACUGGAGUUAAUAAAGUUAGACUGGAGUUAAACUGGAGUUAUUAGAGUUAGACUGGAGUUAAUAAAGUUAGACUGGAGUUAAACUGGAGUUAUUAGAGUUAGACUGAAGUUAAUAAAGUUAGACUGGAGUUAAACUGGACUUAAACUGGAGUUAUUAGAGUUAGACUGGAGUUAAUAAAGUUAGACUGGAGUUAAACUGGACUUAAACUGGAGUUAUUAGAGUUAGACUGGAGUUAAUAAAGUUAGACUGGAGUUAAACUGGAGUUAUUAGAGUUAGACUGGAGUUAAUAAAGUUAGACUGGAGUUAAACUGGAGUUAUUAGAGUUAGACUGGAGUUAAUAAAGUUAGACUGGAGUUAAACUGGAGUUAUUAAGAGUUAGACUGGAGUUAAUAAAGUUAGACUGGAGUUAAACUGGAGUUAUUAGAGUUAGACUGGAGUUAAUAAAGUUAGACUGGAGUUAAACUGGAGUUAUUAGAGUUAGACUGGAGUUAAUAAAGUUAGACUGGAGUUAAACUGGAGUUAUUAGAGUUAGACUGGAGUUAAUAAAGUUAGACUGGAGUUAAACUGGAGUUAUUAGAGUUAGACUGGAGUUAAUAAAGUUAGACUGGAGUUAAACUGGAGUUAAACUGGAGUUAAAGUCUUCUGGCUGCUGUUAGACAAACUCUUUCCGUGGAACCGUCAGUUUUAAUUUUUUCUGUAUUUGCUGCUGUGUUGUUGGACUGAGUGAUUUAUGGAUUAAAUCUAUUUUUAUUCAGUCA